GAGACGCCUUGUGAUACAGUCGCAGUUAGUUCUUCUGUGUUGGAAUUUGAAUAGAUAAUGAAAUAAUCAAACAUGGGUGUGAAACUAUACACAUUAGACGCGAGCCCCCCAGCGCGCGCCGCCAUGAUGGCUCUUGAAAUAUUCAAUGUUCCCUUCGAUAAGAUAGACGUUAAUUUUGGUGAGGGGCAACAUUUAACACCGGAAUAUCUAAAAAAAAAUCCUAUGCACACAGUACCUGUGUUAGAGGAUGGGGACCUUAUUCUACAUGACAGUCAUACGAUUCUAACGUACUUGGCCGACACCUAUGGAAAAGAUGACUCAUGGUACCCAAAGGACACCAAGAAGAGGGCACUAGUUGACCAAAAACUAUUCUUCGACUCCGCAAUUUUAUAUACGAGGGGCCGAAAUAUUUCUACUUCCGUGAUUAUGGAGGGGAAGAAAACAAAAGAACAAAAACAUUUGGACCUUAUUGAAGAAGCAUUCGGUUUCAUGGAAGAGUUUCUUUCUCGCACCACCUACAUCGCUGCAGACCACGUGACCAUCGCUGAUGUGUCAGCACUAAGUAGCAUGUCGUCCUUGGUGAAUUUACACAAGUUUGAUGAAAAAAAAUACCCAAAAACUGCUGCUUGGUACAAGAAAAUGAAGAGUACACCGUACUGCAAAAAAUACAACGACCAUGGAGAAAAAGCUUUACAUGAACUAGUAACAAAACUCUUAAACUCAUAACAAUCUCAAUCGUAUAAGUUAAAGUUAUACCCGAUAGUGAAAUAAUUAUUAUUUAAAUAAACUAUUGUAAGAAGAAAACCGUUGUUGAAAAUUGGAGUGAAAAAAAAAUGAAAGAAAUAAAUAUUAAGCAUCGUACCUA